AUGAUGAUGAUGAUGAUGAUGAUGAUGAUGAUGAUGAUGAUGAUGAUGAUGAUGAUGAUGAUGAUGAUGAUGAUGAUGAUGAUGAUGAUGAUGAUGAUGAUGAUGAUGAUGAUGAUGAUGAUGAUGAUGAUGAUGAUGAUGAUGAUGAUGAUGAUGAUGAUGAUGAUGAUGAUGAUGAUGAUGAUGAUGAUGAUGAUGAUGAUGAUGAUGAUGAUGAUGAUGAUGAUGAUGAUGAUGAUGAUGAUGAUGAUGAUGAUGAUGAUGAUGAUGAUGAUGAUUACUACUCCCAUUUUACAUUAA